AUGAAGAUGUCGAUCAAUACGUGCGGAUCUCGCAUCAGAAGCCCCAGGUGCCCAUCCAAGAAAACCAUUUUCGUGUUGAGACCCUCAAUUCCAGAGAUGCCAUUCUUCACCUCGUUUUUGGCAUUACCAUCGGAUACCUCAUAGGGAUUCUUCUGUUUUUUGACGGAGACAACGACGUUUCCGAACACAUUCAUCUCGUGAAUCACGGUGAGACUCUCGUGGCGAACUACAUUUUGAAGUCGUGGAAUUCAGAAUCACCGACUGGUCAACAGCAGCAGCCGUUCCAUCUCCGAUGUGUCAUUAUUCUUCAUAAAUCACUACACGUGAGUCGCACAAUUUACAGAAAAGAUUUGCAAUGAAUGUUCAGAAACCUGAGAAAGUGGUGUCUGCGAUUCAUGACGGAUACACAAAAUUGUGCAACGAAACGAUAUACUUCACGAACAAUCAGAAGCUGUUCAACAAGCUUGAGAGUGAGCACAAGCACGAAUUCCCUUGUAAUCCAUUCCGAAUUGCAGAGAAUCACACUAUGUUCUUCGUCGACUCGAGCGCCAAUCACUACUAUUGGUCGUACUAUCAGUACGUGAUGGAGUUCUCUUCAAAGGUUCCAGCGCAGUGGACAUUCAUCGGAGACGAUCAGACUUAUCUGAUCGUGCCGAAUCUCCAGCAAACCCUUCGUAACUUUGACUCGACGGAGCCAAUGAUAUUCGGAAAGAUAAAGGAUACGAGGUGGACCGGUUUCCUCGCUCCCUACUUUCAUUCCAUCCCUUUUCAGCAACUUUCUUUCGUGGGUUUUCCCUUUCUCCAGCUACCAGAAAGUGUCGAUUCGUGGCGGAGCUGUCUUUUCCAAUUCUGCCAUCGACCUACUCUCCCAGUGCAAGUUCGUUCUUCCUUUUUUUUUAAAUCUUCUUCAUCGUUCUUCUCCCAGAGGUUUCUUCUUUUCCCGUUCCUCCGACUUUGCCCUUUACGACUGCAGUGUAAAGUACAGAGUCCGAUUGGUAGAUCCGUUCGACGAGGACGCACUCCGACUGUUCAACGACCUCCCUCCCAAACAGAUAAUUGCUCCCGACUCGUCAGUCUUCCGGAGGGAUCCCUCGAAAGGCGGAAAGUGCUCGGACCACGCAGUCUCUUUCGGGCAGCUCUCCGAGAAGGAUAUGCGGGUGCUUGAGUACGGAACAAGGGUCAAAGUGUUCGGAAGAGGAGGUACGUCCUUUUUGAUUGCUGACCGCAUUCCUCAUUUGCAGGCCUCGAGACUUCCGAAACCAAUCAGACCGUCUUAUAA